AGGUUUGUUUGUUGAGUAUGCAGCUGGCAAAAUAAGACAACAUCGCUCAAACCACACUCUCCUUAACCAUGUCCCAGUCCCUUCUUGCAUAUAUAUAGAUCCAACAUCAAGCCAGGAAUCAAGAAAACUCUGCAACUCAAUCUACAAAACUCAACAAAAAAAUGGCAGAAGAAUCAGGGAAGGAUGAGCUGAGUGUCAACAUUGAUGAAAUGCUCCAUGAAUUUUCCUACACAGCCUCAAGGCCCUCAACUCCCUUCAUCUACAGAGUCACUGACAGCCUUCGCAGCACGAAAGAGACGGAGUAUGAUCCAAUCAUCAUCUCCAUCGGCCCGCUUCACCAUGGAAAACACAACCUCCAAGCCAUGGAGCCCCUCAAAAUGUGGUACCUCAAGAAGCUACUUGGAGACUCCAGUGUUGACAGCUAUGUGCAGGCCAUAAGGAGCAACGAGCAAACUGCAAGAGAUUUCUACGCAGAAAAGAUUGAGCUCAAUACUGACGAGUUGGUGAAAAUGCUGCUUCUUGAUGCCAUCUUCAUCAUUCAGUUCUUGCGCGAGUACGACAAGGAGCUAGGGGUACAAGAGAGCAAGGGCGAUCCCAUCUUCGGAUUUGAACAUGUUAAGAGCCAUAUUCUUCGUGAUCUAAUGCUGUUCGAGAAUCAAAUCCCUAUGUUCAUUGUUAGAGACCUCUUCCAACUGUCCAAUCAUGAUAACCAAGAGUUCAAAUAUCUGUUCUGGCCAUUGUUCCAACAUAGACGUGAUGUGCCAACGGUAUUGCCUGAAGCUCAUCAUCUCCUUGGCCUAGUUCAUGCUGUCAAGUUUUGUUCCUCUGUUCAACAACUCUUGCGUAGAAUUGAUAAACCUAUCGAGAUGGAGAACAUACUCUCUGCCACGGAGCUGAGAGCAGCAGGUAUACUCUUCAAGAAGAACCCUGAGAAUGAAAAUGGAAAAGAUCCUAGUUUGUUGGACAUCACAUUCAAGAACAAGACCUUUUGCAUUGCUAAGUUAGAAAUGACAGAUGAAAUGGAGUCGUGGCUCAGAAACAUGAUUGCAUAUGAAUUCUAUCUCCCAAGAAAUAAGCCCAAGUGCAUUAGUGACUACGCGUUCUUCCUGAAAUGCCUAAUGUGCAGCUCCGAGGAUGCAGAGCUGCUGCGACACUAUGGGGUGAUCAGCAACUGUUUAGGUGGGGAUGCUAGAGUUUAUGAGGUUAUAGACAGAUUGAUGACUAAUGUGUUUACUUCCAAGAAGUUUUUGUAUUUGGGCGUUUUUGAUAGCAUAAAUAAUUACAGUAAGCGAAAGAGGAACAGGUGGUUCGCGGUGUUGAGGCGUCACCACUUCAAUAAUCCAUGGACUGUCAUUUCCGUGGUUGCAGCUGCUGUUUUGCUCUCAGUUGGUAUAGUGCAGAUGGUGAUUGCUAUUCUCUCCUUUUGUAAGUUAUCUUGCUAAUUACCAAAUUUCAUUUCUGAUACAUACUUAUAUGAUCAUAUAUACUUGUGAAAUGCUACCACACAAAUCAUGAUCUAUUUUUUUUUUUUUGUCUUUGCAGACCACAAUUAGAAGAAUCUGGGAAUGUUUCUCCAGGUCUGUUGUUGUCAAGAUGUUAUGCUUCAUUUGUAAUGCAGGAGAAGUGAUGUAUCAAAUGUUGAUAGUUUUUUCAUAAACAUAUUUUGAGAGGUUUCUGCUUC